GUGAAUAUGCCUCGUUAUGAUGAUCGGUAUGGUAGUGCGACCCGUCUCUAUGUGGGUCAUUUGUCUUCUCGUACCCGUUCUCGUGAUUUGGAGCGAUUGUUCUGCAAAUACGGGAGGAUUCUACGCAUUUGCUUGGCCUGAAGGUCAGUGUUGAGAGGGUGGCCUUGGUGGAAUUGAUGGAAAAACACUCCGAGUUUUAGGAGAGAUUGUUGAUUCUUUCUGUAUUGUCUUUGCCUGUUUUUAUGGAAUUGGGAACAAUCAAACUGGUGUUUAGUUCGUCUUGAUGGGCAAAUGCCAUCCACUUCUGUGCUUAAGUAAUGAUGGCCUUAUUGUUUCUGGCAACCAUUUCCGCAGAGUACGAGAUGUGGACAUGAAGCGUGACUAUGCCUUCAUUGAUUUUAGUGACCCUCGGGAUGCUGAUGAUGCAAGACGUUAUUAUGAUGGGCGUGAAGUUGAUGGACGCCGCAUAAUUGUGGAAUUUGCCAAGGGAGUGCCACGGGGUCCAGGUGGUUCCCGAGAUUAUCUUGGUCGUGGGCCCCCUCCUGGUUCAGGUCGCUGCUUCAACUGUGGAAUUGAAGGUCAUUGGGCCCGUGAUUGCAAAGCUGGUGAUUGGAAAAACAAGUGCUAUAGGUGUGGAGAAAGAGGUCAUAUAGAAAAGAAAUGUCCAAAUAGUCCACAGAAGCUCAAACGUGGAAGGAGUUACUCAAGGACACCUGAGAGAUCACGUUCUCCUCACCGUGGCCGGAGGCACAGUCGAAGUUACAGCCCAAGCCGCAGCUAUAGCCGGUCAAGAUCUCCUGCAAGGAGAGAACAAGUUGAGCCCGAGAGAAGAUCCAGGAGCCCUGCAAUCAGCAGAAGCCCCGAGCCAAGAAGUGCUACUCCCUCUAAAACACAGAAGCGCAGCCCAAACCCCAUUGAGGCCAGCCCCCCAAGCCAGAGGGAAGAGAGUCCUUCUAAGAGGGGAAAGGUGAUGGCAGACCAAGAUGGCUAUGAUAGAAGCCCUCCUAAGAGGGCAAAGGCUAUGACAGAGCAAGAUGGCUAUGAGAGAAGCCCUCCUUCUAAGAGGGCAAAGGUGAUAACAGAACAAGAUGGCUAUGACAGAAGCCCUCCUUCUAAGAGGGCAAAGGCAGUGACAGAAGGAGAUGGCUAUGACAGAAGCCCUCCUUCUAAGAGGGAAAAGGCUAUGACAGAAGAUGGCAAUGACAGAAGCCCUAAGGGGAAAAGAAGCCAUAGUCCUUCGAGCCCUGAAAGAGGGAGCGUAGCUCCUAGGAAGUAUGAUGAGAGCCCUUUCGAAGCUAAUGGGCGCAGUGGCAGCAGCCCAAGUCCAAGGUAUGAAAGGAGCCCUGCUGAUGACCGGGACGAUAAUUAGCUAUCGUGAUAGGCAGCCUAUUGCCAUUGUUUGAAGUCAGAAUGAUCAAUAUCUUUUUGAGAAAGAAACUUUUGUCCUAGCUUCAAAAAAAAAAAGAAGAAACUUUUGUCCUUAAAAAUGCAUUUAUUUCUUUUACAAUUUCUCUAGUCUUUAGACCUUGUGAGCACUGUUAUGAAAUAUAUUGCAGGCAGUUAAGACUUCAUUGACCCAUACAAUGCUCUAUUU